AACCGGGGCCUCGCGGCUCAGCCCCGCAUCGGAGCAGGCCUCCGCGGCGCGCGCCCCUCGCCGAGCCCGACCCCCGAGCCCGCCCCGGGCCGGCGAGCGCUGGUCAUCGAGGCCCAGGCCGCCGCCGCGGCGCGUUCUUGAAAUCAUGAAUCCUGUUUAUAGCCCGGGUUCUUCUGGGGUUCCCUAUGCAAAUGCCAAAGGAAUUGGUUAUCCAGCUGGUUUCCCCAUGGGCUAUGCAGCAGCAGCUCCUGCCUAUUCCCCCAACAUGUACCCUGGAGCGAAUCCUACCUUCCAAACAGGUUACACUCCUGGCACACCUUACAAAGUGUCCUGUUCCCCCACCAGCGGGGCGGUGCCACCGUACUCCUCGUCCCCCAACCCCUACCAGACCGCUGUAUACCCCGUGCGAAGUGCCUACCCCCAGCAGAGCCCGUACGCACAGCAAGGCACGUACUACCCCCAGCCCCUGUAUGCAGCACCCCCUCACGUCAUCCACCACACCACAGUGGUGCAGCCCAACGGCAUGCCGGCGACGGUGUACCCUGCUGCCAUCCCUCCGCCUAGAGGCAACGGCGUCACCAUGGGCAUGGUGGCGGGGACCACUAUGGCCAUGUCAGCGGGUACCUUGCUGACUGCCCACUCCCCAACUCCUGUCGCCCCCCACCCCGUCACCGUGCCCACGUAUCGGGCCCCAGGAACGCCCACCUACAGCUAUGUGCCCCCCCAGUGGUGAUCACCCUGCAAACGUUUGUGGAUGGAGCUGUGCAGUCACAUCAUAGAGGUUCCACAGCUGGUGCUGCAGGCCUUGUGCCUCCAACCAGGACUUUCUUCUUAAUGCUCUCGACACUUAGCUAAACACUACUACGGCCGGCCCAGCAGGUCCUAGCACCCUCAGUCUCCAACUGACUCUGUGGGUUGGUCUUAAAGCAAAUCCUGUUUGGUGGGCUGCCAGGCAAUUUUUUAGCUAACUGUAAUGAUAAAAAGGGAGUGUUAAUCUGUUCUGAAUCAUAUCUAGUUGAAUGCAUGUUAAAAAAACCACAAAAACAAAGCUUGCUCAAUCUACCUGCAGUGACUGAUGCAGAACCAUCAUAUGCAAAAUCCAAAGGAAUGGAAAAGUAUUUUACAACUUGUAUCACUAAUGCACUGUUGUAAUGUAUGCAAAGUCUUAAAGUUAUAAGUGUUAAAGUGAAUUUCUUCAUAGAGCAUCUGAAAUCUCUUUGAUGAUUCUUCAGCCUUUUGGGGUUGACGUGGGUUGCCGGUUGGAAACGUGGACUUCUAGUUUCCACCCAUCUGUUCCUUUUGCACGGACUGCACUGGGAGAGAGUUGCAGGGACGGGGAGAGUGUGGGGAGGCCACCGCUGCUUGGGGUGCAGCCAGGUUAAUGGCUUUCUCUCCAUUUAGGCUUGUGGGGUCAGUGUGAUGUGGACGUCCUUAGGGAUUACCAUGAAUCCAGUUAGGGACACAAGGUGGUUUAUGUAUCAGCAAAGCAAUUUUCUCUGCCAUCUAAAUUUUCAUUACAAAUCUCUUACAGAUAGAGAUGAUGUUUUCUAUAUGUUUAAUGGAAAAGUCCUAUGUAGAGCUAAAUUAUUUUCCUGGGAUGGGAGAUAUGUGAGAGAACCAGCUACACUUGGAGGAGGUAUUGGCCUCACCUUUAUUUAGCUUAGAAAAAUCAUUCCUUUCCCCCCUACCCCCACCCCCCCGGGAAGUGUCUGAGUCACCUGAAAACAUAUGUAGGCAUUGUUGUUCUCCCUCUCACAAAGAAGGCAAAGACUUCAUUCAGCUGUGUGUUAUGAAGAAAGUUGUAUAUUUAAGAACUUUUAAAAGGGAACAGAACUUUAUUGGAUAUUGAUUGUUCCUUGUAGAGAGGCAGGGCUGUGGCUGUGUUUCGGCCCAUGCACUUGAUGGGGACUUGUCCUCUGAGACCACCUGGAGGGCACUCGUGGAGAUGGCUGUGGGGAGGUGUGAGGAAAGGGCUGGCGCCUGUUGUCUGUGAGCCCCUUUGGCCAUAUCUUCUCGUGGCUGGGGACACUCAGCACAAAGCACGUGUGGACAGCAAAGGGCCAGGCAGCAUCAGAACGUGUUUGCCUGCCAGAACUUAUCACAGAAAGGAUUUUGUGUUUAAAAUCUGAAUAUUGUACAUAAGAAACCAAGAGGAUUUUUUGCCUAAAUGUGCCCAACUUGUAUCAAUGGGUGUGUGUGUGUGUGUCUGUCCUCAGAUGAAGUCGGAGGGGGUGGGGGGGUGAGGGCUGUUCCCUUUCAGCGGUCUGUCAGGGGCGGGGGUGCCCCUGCUCCACCCUGUCGUCGUUUCAAGUGCUGUGGGCCUCAGGUGGGGAGGGCGCCUUUCUCUCCUUACGGCUCCGGCAGCUGGUCAGGGCUCCGGCACUGGGGUGGCGUUCAGCCCCGGAUGGUGAGUGGAUACCUGACCCCUGAGCCUUUGGUAACCUUAUUUUUUAUAGUAAGUACUCUUCAUAGUUUUCUUUUUCACAUUUUAUUUUAUAAGAGGUUUAGGAAUAUUUUUGCAUGGAUCAUUGUAAACAGAAGAUUUAUUUCUAAUGUCUGUAACAUAGUGUGUUUACUGAUAAGUACUUUAAAUUGCUUCAAGAGCACUUAACCCACCUUUGUAUGUGUGUAUUCAUGUGUGUGUGUGUGUGUGUGUGUGUGUGUGUGUGAGUAGCAGCCAUUUACCCCAGGCACACUGUCCACUUCAACUCUUUGUUGGUAAUUCCAUCUGUAUAGUGGACGGUUUGUAAUAUCAAUAUGUUCUAAGGGUUCCAGGGGCUGAACAGAGAAGUUGGUUUCCCCAGUUUAGCGUAAUAAGAUAGGAGAAAAUGAGAGUUUAGGAUAUGCUUUUUAAACGUCCCAGUGUGCGCACACACAGAAACACACAUGCCACUACCUGUAAGGAUUGGACUCAUUUGAAUUCAGGAGGAAGUUAUGAGAAAUUAUAUAGGCUGUUUCUUCCAGCUUGCCUGAGACUUGGCACACACAGGGUGAGUGUUUUCACGAGCACUGAAUUAAAUGGUGUUUUCAAGAGAAAGAAAAGAGUGGGUUUCGUUUUCUCCCCAUUUACAUCAGCUUUAUAAACACUUUCCCCCCUGUAAUUUCUUAAAAAAUCUUAUUUCCCUUUUGUGAAGUUGAGUUGGGAGACUUCAUCAGAUACUUUUGCAUUAUGGAAUACAUCUCUGUGGAAACCUUUUUAAUUUUGAAACUAUCGGCAUCAGCUACCAAAUAUGGAAGGUAGAUCUUGUCUAGCAGGUGAGAAUCUGGAUAUAAUGAAUAGUAACAAAACUAGCAUAUAUUGUAAUUUUAGCAGCAUUUAGUUCCAGUAAAAUUAACUAAGGAAUAGAGCUUCUGUUAUAAAAUUGCGUAAUUUGAUAUCCUAAGCACAACAGUAGAACAUUCAGAGAAAUUUUGCAUUUUUUAUAUGUGACAUUCCUAAUUUGAGAGUCUUUCAGCUAAAUUACAGUUAUUUUAGAAGUUGAGACAGGCAAGUAAAGGAACUAAUUCCUAUAAACAUAGGUAUCAUCAUGGAUAUAUAUAUUUUUUU